AUGGCACACGUGUCGUCUAUCGCAGCGGGAAAUUAUGUUGAAGACGUUUCAUUCUUUGGCUACGCUCCAGGAACAGCAAGGGGCGUUGCUCCUCGUACUCGACUCGCUGCUUAUAAAGUUCUUUCGGAUGAAGGAAGCUAUGCUUCUGAUGCUCUUGCAGGCAUUGACCAUGUUGUGGCUGAUGCUGCUUUUGGUGCCAUGGAAAAGGGUAUACUUGUUUCUGUCUCGGCUGGAAAUCAGGGUCCAAAUUUCUCAACUUUACUUGAGGGUAUCCCAUGGGCAGUGAUUGUCGCAUCAGGAACUGUUGAUCGUUGGAACUUGCCUCUCGCGUACAAUAAGACCUUAUCGGCUUGCAAUUCAAAGUUAUUGGCAGAAGCCCUGAGAAGUAUCAUCAUAUGUGUCCAAUCUGACCAGACUGCAGAAUUCAAUGACCGAAAGAGUUACAUUUCUGCGUCCAACGUCCCUACAGCUAUCAUCAUUUCUGAAGAUACUCGUAUACUACGUUUCACUGACUUUCCUCACCUAGGAGUCGUAAUCUCUCCCAAAGAUGCAGACAAGAGUCUUGCAGCCAUUCGAUCUGCCAUGAUGACCACCGCGAGUACAGUUGAUAAUACUCGAAAACCAAACAAGGACGUAGGACAUGAUUAUGAUAUUGCACCACCUCUUGACAUGGAAGCAGGACAAGUUGAUCUGAAUCGUGCACUUGAUCCAGGCAUAAUUUACGAUGCCACAGCACAAGACUACGUAAAUCUCAUUUGCGCAUUGAAUUUUACACGUGAACAAACUCAGACCAUCAUAAGACCAAGCUACAAUUGCUCCAAUCCGUCGCUUGAUCUUAAUUACCAUCAUUUAUAG